UGAGUACCAUACUAAUUAUGGUUCCCUUCUUGCCCUCAAUUUUUCCUGGAAGGAGCCAUCACAAUGUCAAUGGUUUCGUCCGAGCACGCCUUGUUCUUCUUCGUGUUCUCCAUCACCUUUCUCAUCUCAAGGCCUAGUUCAGUUAUCGCUGGAUCACCCCACAGCAUCAAUUUCAGGUCGCUGAAUCUCUACCCGGAAGGCCUAGCUUGGGACCGAUUGGGUCAGCACUUUCUCGUUGGAUCACUCAAUCAACGGGUCAUCUCAGCCGUCUCUGACGCCGGCGUUGUUGAAACCUUUAUCUCUGACCCUUCAUUCCCUGAAAAUGUUACCUUUUCUGGUCUCGCCGUCGAUUCCCUUAAGAAACGCCUCCUAGUUGUCGUCCAUGCUCGGGAGCCUCUCCCACCUUUCAACGCCCUAGCCGCCUACGACCUCCGUUCUCGUCAACGUCUUUUCCUGUCUACUCUCAACGCAGCCAUCGACGACGAUGAGUCCACCCCUCCAAUUGCAAACGACGUCGCGGUGGAUUACAAGGGUAAUGCCUAUGUCACCAACUCCGCCGGUAACUACAUCUGGAAGGUCAACGAGAAAGGAGAGGCCUCGAUCUUCUCGAGAGCGCCACAGUACACAGCUCAUCCUGUGGACCGGGAUACACCGUAUAGUUCCGUUGGGCUGAAUGGGAUUGCUUAUGUCUCCAAGGGGUAUCUGCUGGUGGUGCAAUCCAGUACGGGCAAGAUGUUCAAGGUAGGUGAGGAUGAUGGGAGGGUGAAGCUGGUGUUGUUGAACGAGGAUUUGACUGGUGCGGACGACAUAGCCAUCCGGAGUGACGGCGUCGUUGUUGUUGUCUCCCCCGUGAAUAAGCUAUGGCUUUUGAAAAGCCAAGAUAGUUGGGCGGAGGGAGUAGUGUACGAUAAGAUUGAUCUUGAUUUGGAGAGGUUUCCUACGUCGGUUGCCGUGGGGGAAAGGGAUAGAGUGUAUGUGUUAUAUGGAAAUGUGAACGAGGGGGCAGUGGAGAAUUCAGGGAGGGAGAGUUUUAGUAUACAAGAAAUGAGAUCAAAGAAGGAGGAUGAAGACGAUAAUAUUUGGAUGUUCAUCUUGAUUGGGUUAGGCUUGGCUUAUUUCUUGUUUUGGAGGUUUCAGAUGCGCCAGCUUGUGACCAAAAUGGACAAGAAGAUUAAUUAAUCCCCACAGUUGUAUACGUUUCUUCCCCCAUUUUGUUAUUUACAUGUUCAGUAAUUGUACAUUUGCUAAUCUGUCUAACAUCGAAAUUAUUUUGAAACUUAAUAGUUCGUUUCUAGUCAUGAUAUGAUCCUUUAUUGCAAUGUGGAAUGCUUUUGCGCGUUG